AUGGAGUCUGGACGGGGUGUCGUUGUGAGAUGCGAUUCGCGUCAUUCAGCUGCCAACCGGGUCCAAGCGCGCAUCCAGCCGGAUACCGUAGGACGCAAGGACAUCUCGGGCUCGGCCCUCGGCCUCGGGGACGGGCUUGCUCGAUAUCCGAAGCUGGGAUAUAUUGCUCGCUCGCUCCGUACAGUUCUCUCGCCUCCCCUCUUCUCACUACUACUGCUCCCCCCUACUCCAGGAAAAUCCUUUGCAACAGCGUUACAGGAAGAGCUCAAAUGCAUUCCCCUUACACCUACUGCAACCCAGCGCCCUCUUUCGCCGGUCGAGGCCGUCGGUUUUAUCGCCAGAACUACGUCCGCGGCCUCAACCCUCGCGCUGGCGGCAUAG